GACCGAAAAAAGCAUGGAGAAGAAAGCGCCGUCCGACUUCCUCAAGAGCGUCCUUGGCCGCCCCGUCGACGUCAAGCUCAACAACGGCGUCGAGUACAAGGGUAUCUUGGCCUGCCUCGACGGCUUCAUGAACAUCGCCAUGGAGCAGACCCAGGAGUACGUCAACGGCCAGCUCAAGGCGCAGUACGGCGACUGCUUCAUCCGCGGCAACAACGUCUUGUACAUCUCGGCGUCCAAGUAGACUCUAUGAAACCCGCGCUGGUCAGGGCGCUGCGGUCAAAUCUCUCUAUAUUAGCAAUCCCACACCACCUCUCUCGACCCAUGGCCCUUCAUUUGGCCUUCUUCCGCCCAUCGCUGUUCCGGAAACGAUUGUCUU